GGGAAGCGGAGGCGCCAAACUUGGUGGCGGGGUUUGGCCUCGGUGCUGCGGGUCCCCAACCCUCACAGACGCGUGAAAGGCGCGGUUCUCCCCGGCGGCCUGAGGCUUGGCGAUGCAUGUUUGAGUGUGUACAUUCGUGUGUGCGCGCGCGUGCGUGUGUUGGAAGGACGGCCACGCAGAAGUGCCGUAGGCUCCAACACUUCUGUUCCCUGCCACUCAAUCGCCAUGAGGGGCCUUCUGUGCUCGCCACUGCUCAUGUUGCUGCUUUUUCUCCAGCCCUGGGAAACCCAGCUCCAGUUUGCAGGUCCCAGGUGUCGGACGGGACCCUUGGAUUUGGUGUUCGUGAUUGACAGCUCGCGCAGCGUGCGCCCCUUUGAGUUCGAGACCAUGCGGCAGUUCCUGGUGGGCCUCCUCCGCGGCCUGGACGUGGGGCCCAAUGCCACGCGCGUCGGCGUGAUCCAGUACUCGAGUCAAGUGCAGAGCGUCUUCCCACUCGGCGCCUUCUCGCGACGCGAGGACAUGGAGCGCGCCAUCCGCGCGCUGGUGCCGCUAGCUCAGGGCACCAUGACCGGGCUGGCAAUCCAGUACGCCAUGAACGUGGCCUUCAGUGUGGCCGAGGGCGCGCGCCCGCCGGAGGCGCGCGUACCGCGCGUCGCUGUCAUCGUGACCGACGGGCGGCCCCAGGAUCGCGUGGCUGAGGUGGCGGCGCAGGCGCGCGCCCGGGGCAUCGAGAUCUACGCGGUGGGUGUGCAGCGCGCCGACGUGGGCUCCCUGCGGGCCAUGGCGUCUCCCCCGCUGGACGAGCACGUCUUCCUCGUUGAGUCCUUCGAUCUUAUCCAGGAGUUUGGCCUGCAGUUCCAGGGCCGGCUGUGUGGAAAGGAUCUGUGUGCUGAGGGGGGACACGGCUGCCAGCACCAAUGUGUCAGCACCCCAGGGACGUUCCACUGUGCCUGCAACCCUGGCUACCAGCUAGCUGCAGAUAACAAGAGCUGUUUGGUCGUUGACCACUGCAGCUUUGGGAACCACAGCUGCCAGCAUGAGUGUGUUAGCACCUUUGGUGGGCCACGAUGCUACUGCAGAGAGGGCCACGACUUGCUGCCCGAUGGGAGGAGCUGUCAGGCCCGGGACCUCUGCAAUGGUGUAGACCAUGGAUGCGAGUUCCAGUGUGUGAGUGAGGGCCUCUCUUACCGCUGCCUGUGCCCGGAGGGCCAGCAACUCCAGGCAGAUGGCAAGAGCUGCAACCAUGGGUGCCGGGAAGGCCACGUCGACCUGGUUCUGCUCGUCGAUGGCUCCAAGAGCGUGCGCCCGCAGAAUUUCGAGCUGGUGAAGCGCUUCGUGAACCAGAUCGUGGACUUCCUGGACGUGUCCCCCGAGGGCACGCGCGUGGGGCUGGUGCAGUUCUCGAGCCGCGUGCGCACCGAGUUCCCGCUGGGCCGCUACGGCACCGCGGCCGAGGUCAAGCAAGCGGUCCUGGCUGUGGAAUACAUGGAGCGCGGCACCAUGACGGGGCUGGCGCUGCGUCACAUGGUGGAGCACAGCUUCUCCGAGGCGCAGGGCGCACGGCCCCGCGCCCUCAACGUGCCUCGCGUGGGUCUGGUCUUCACCGACGGCCGCUCCCAAGAUGACAUCUCGGUGUGGGCCGCAAGGGCCAAGGAGGAAGGCAUCGUCAUGUACGCUGUGGGCGUGGGCAAGGCGGUGGAGGAGGAGCUCCGGCAGAUCGCCUCGGAGCCGGCAGAGCUGCACGUGUCCUACUCCCCUGACUUUGGCACCAUGACGCACCUGCUGGACAACCUCAGAGGCAGCAUCUGCCCGGAGGAGGGCAUCGGCGCGGGCACAGAGCUUCAAAGUCCCUGCGAAUGCGAAAACCUCGUGGAGUUCCAGGGCCGUACGCUGGGGGCGCUCGAGAAGCUGACGCAGAACCUGGCCCAGCUGACCGCGCGCCUGGAGAAUCUGGAGAACCAGCUGGCCACCCAGAAGUGAGGGCCGCCGGUGGCUGGGAGCCGGGCAGGAGCGCGGCCCCGCGGACUGUGCCUUCGGGGCGCCGUCGGGGCACCGGGGGGAGCCCCCAGGACUUGGGCUGUCGAGAAGGGGGCGCUGGCGGGCUCCCCGGCGCUGCGCUGGAGCUGGCCUCGCCUGGACCAGAAGCCGGACUGCGGGGGACCGAGGGGGCGCUACGUCCGCACGCCCUCGCUGCGUGCUGCGCUCAGUUCUUUGUUGGAUUUCCUUUAUGUUUUUUCUUUAAAAAAUUUUGUUUUGUUGUUGUUUUGU